AUGAAGGGGCUACAGCCGGUACUUAAAUACGGCCGCCCAGUUCGGGGGCCGGGGGUGAGGAGGAACAGGCUCACAGUCGUCUUGGCCAUGGCUUUCUUCUCGAUUUCGCUUUCGCUCUACUACCUGCUGUCGGGCGUCUCUGCUCAAGCCCCGGGAGUCCAGAACCAGUCAUGCAACUCGGUCAAUGGCGGGUAUCAGUGCUUCCCGCAGAUCUCGCACCUCUGGGGCCAGUACUCGCCGUACUUCUCGCUUGCGCAGGAGUCGGUUAUCUCCCCGGACGUCCCUCGUGGCUGUGAGGUUACCUUUGCGCAGGUGCUCUCGCGGCAUGGGGCGCGGUACCCGUCUGAGUCGAAGUCCGCGGCGUAUCAGGAGUUGAUUGAGGGUAUUCAGAGGAACGCCACGUCGUUCUCGGGCAAGUAUGCUUUCCUGAAUGAAUAUAACUAUACCCUGGGCUCGGAGGACUUGACGACAUUUGGCGAGGACCAGAUGGUUGAUUCGGGUGCCAAGUUCUAUCGACGGUAUAAGAAUCUGGCGAGGGAGAUUACUCCUUUCAUCAGAGCGUCCGGGUCUGAUCGUGUUGUUGCUUCAGCGGAGAAGUUCAUUGAUGGGUUCUUGAACGCGAAGCGCCAUGAUCAUGGCUUUGAGGCGGCCGCUCCAGUCGUCAAUGUGGUUAUUCCUGAGACUCAAGGGUUCAAUAACACGUUGGAUCAUAACACCUGCACGUCGUUCGAGAAUGACAAACGGGCUGAUGAGAUUGAAGCGAACUUCACGGCGAUUAUUGGACCUCCUAUUCGCAGGCGUCUAGAAAAGGAUCUGCCUGGCAUAGAAAUCGCGGAUAAAGCUGUCAAAUAUCUUAUGGAUAUGUGUUCCUUCGACACCAUGGCGCGCACUCCCCACGGAACCGAGCUGUCACCCUUCUGCGCCCUCUUCACUGAGAAGGAAUGGGUGCAGUACGAUUACCUGCAAUCGCUGUCGAAGUACUACGGCUACGGCGCUGGUAGCCCCCUUGGUCCAGCCCAGGGAAUUGGUUUCACCAACGAGCUGAUUGCCCGACUGACACAGACGCCUGUCCAGGACGAUACGACCACCAACCAUACGCUGGACUCAAACCCAGCCACGUUCCCGCUUGACAAAAGUCUGUACGCUGAUUUCUCUCACGACAACAGUAUGAUCUCAAUCUUCUUCGCGAUGGGUUUGUAUAAUGGCACCCAUCCGCUGUCCAUAGACUCUGUGGAGUCGGUUGAAGAGAUGGACGGCUAUGCGGCGUCUUGGACUGUCCCGUUCGGUGCCAGGGCAUACUUUGAAGUGAUGGAAUGCAAGAAGCAGCAAGAGCCGCUUGUGCGUGUCUUGGUGAAUGAUCGUGUGGUCCCUCUUCAUGGCUGCAAGGUUGACAAACUCGGACGAUGCACAUUGGAUGACUGGGUGCAAGGGUUGAGCUUUGCGAGGACUGGUGGAAACUGGAAGACUUGUUAUGCUUCUUAG